AUGAUCAAAAUACUCGGCUUUUCCUUCCUUACGAACACUAUACCCGCUCGCGGAAUUGGAGGUUCUUACCAAUACGCAAAACGUGAGCGGCAGACUCUUCAAGUACCCGAGCAGCUAUGCUUCUAUAUUACCCCACGCAAGCUUAGGCGACUCGCUUUUUUUGAAAGAAAGGCGGACCCCUCAGACCAGAGAAAAACAUUACGUAUUUCUACCGUCAACCGAAAUCGAAGUAUGGCUGACCCACAGCUCGCCGCUUUACUGGCACAACAAGCUGCCAUACUGGAUGGAGUCCAAAAGACUCUUGGAAGGUUGGAAGAGAGAGAUAAAGAUGCGGCUUCAUCGCUUAUAGCAGUGAAUGAUCGUAUUACCGCUGACAUUGCAGCCGACAAAUUGGAGCGUGAUGCUACUUUAGCAUCAAUGAAAGAAUCAUUCGAAGCUAUGAAAAAAUCUCUGGAGGAAGUAUCAAAUAGAUCACCUCCUGGAGCUGAAGAAGCUAAGGAAAGCCCUUCCACUCCUUCGGAUAUAACUGACUUCUCCACAUUUCAUAAAGGAAAACUGUCAAAAGCUGAUCAAGAUCACUUCAGCACAUCGUAUGGGGAACUAUCCAAAGGCAUUGGCAUGAAUAACCUUUACCAUGAUACAGGCCUUAAAAUCUUUACAGCAGUCUAUAAUGGCAAAGGCACCAUGGAAAAUAUAGGUGACCUACGCAAAUGUAUAAGUCGCUACAUAGAGGUUCAUUCGCUGAAUAAAGCUCGAAGGAUUUUGGAUGUAAAGUCCUAUUACUCCUAUACACAGGGUCAUGAUAAGUUCACAGAUUGGAUCAACUCAUCCCUGGUGAAUGCAUACAGUAGUGCGAUGAAUGCCAUCAUUGGCAUGAAGAUCGAUGUGACGCAACUAUCUGGACUCCAAAUUCUUAGAAUAGAUGACGUCCAGCUUGAUGAAUCUAGUGCUCGCGGAGAGCAAGUGAUUCUAUGGGACAAAGUUCCAAUUGAUCUUUUCACUAAAGAAAAAUUUUUGAAGGAUCCAUUCAAAUAUAUCACAGAAGAAGGGUUCAAAUUGAAGGAUCAGAAAUUCGUGAUCUCAAAGAUUCUCAAGCAUGACAAAGAUCUUGAAAUGAAGACGCUUUCAUUUCACUGCAUUCCUAUGAAUUUUGGGGAUCGCACGAAUGAGCAUCAACCUUAUCGCAAUUGCUUAUUCAAAGCUGGCAUGAAUCAAAGUGCUGAAGAUCGACGUUACGCACCAAUGAGUUCUAUGAUUCCAGGGGAUGUUAACUUCAAUCCUGCGGAGCAUAUGGAUCUCACGGACUUUGGCUCAUCAGACACUGUAGUAUCUGAAAAUCUCUAUGCUUACCUGAACAAUAGCUUCCGUAAUCUGUCCCAAAAGGACAAAUCUGAGUUGCUUUCAGCAGAAAUGGAGAACAUCAGGAAAAUAAGCAUGGGCUGCAAGUCCUACACUCUAGUUCAAUGGGUUCUCAGUGUUCUGUGUGGUGGACAAGAGUCCAUACUUCUACACUUGCAGGAUUAUCGUAAAGAUGUACUCGACGCUACAACUGGAGCCUUCUCCGAAUUUCCAUUACUUGACCCCAACAACAUCAUGAAGUUUGUAUAUCAACUUAAUGAGAAGAUAGGGGUUAUGUCAAAUCGCGAUCCCUAUGCAUACAGAUCCAAGAAAGAGCUCAUGCGAGAGGUCAUUCAGGCCAUGUGGCGCCAUAUGCUCUUCGCGUCUUUUAUGGGAACUCCCAUCAUCGCGAUAAACCCAGCUCGUUACAAGCUCUCGAAGCAACACAAGUUGGUGGAAGAAUUGGAGUCUUGUACUUUCUAUCUGAAUGACACUGACAUGGACGAAGUUAACCAGCUCUACGACGCUUGUGACAGAGAUGAAACCAUAUUGAGCUUAUUAGAUGAGACCACGGCAGCCUUCGCUGCCAAUUGUGGAAAUAAAUCUGCUACUCCAGGGUUCAAGCCAAAGGCAACUAGCAACCGUCAAAAAGGCCGCCUUAAACUACGGAAUCGCGGUAAAGGCGGUUUUGGUAGAGGCUCAGGCGGUUUUGGUAGAGGUGGAGGCAAAUUGCACAGCACCUCUUCCUUCAACCAGAUUGAAAGAAAGGUAGUGAACUUGUCCUCUAACGAUGAAAAUGAUCCGAUGCAUAAACGCAAAGAAGCCUACAUCGACAGGAUGAAAACAGCUGUGAAGCAUGCAGUACCAAGAAGCUCACAGCAGGCCAGAACCAGUCAAAGAGAGAGUGAUUUUGGUGCAGCGCAUCAUAACGUGGAUGUCCGCGAUGAGUCGAAUGUCCCAAAGACAUCCAUGGCGCUGCAGAAAUUCAUCUACACUCAGAUCAAAAAUGGUACAUUUAACCAGCUUGAUGAUGAUGUUAAGAAAGAAUUGGAACAGCUACAAAAAGCCACCUUUAAGUCGCUAAAGACAGCAAAUGUUUUGGAAGCGACAGACUUUCAGCCCGACGAUGUUCCCGAGGAGACGAUGGCAGCGGUGUAUCAUCAAACUGGGGGAGAGUUGUUCUCAGAAACAAAAGAGACAAUACUCACCAUGGAAGAGCUAGAGGAAGAAAGCAAUGACUCCUCUUUCCCUGCAAUUAUGUUGACAGACACCGAGAUAAUCUGGGCUGAGAGGGGGAGGAGUGAUAUCACCAACUUCGACACAAGGAGGUACGAGACACAGCACCCUCAACCAAUCUUCAACAUUAUGAAGAAGGACCCAACAAAUGUGCAGUACAAAAGUUACAAGGACUUCACUAUAAUUGCUUCUGAGACAACUCGAGCUAUCUACUUUGCACAAUUCAACUUCGUAAAGUCAUCCUGGAAACCCAACGGUAUACCACUAAAUACAGGCAUCUUCUACAGUGAUAAUGCCUAUGUGGUAGCACUCUUUGCCUUUGGCUAG